AUGACCUCAACUUAUUUUAAAUAUAAAAAUUCUGAAUUACAUUAUCAAAUAUGCGGACAAGGACCAACACUGCUAUUUAUUCAAGGACUGCUAUGGGAUAAAAAUUUAUGGCGAUCGCAAUGUCAAUUUUUAUCCAAGUACUAUCAAUGCGUGGUGGUGGAAUUAUGGGAGCACGGCUUAUCCGGUCACAUACCUGAUCAUUUGUGCACACUAGAAACAUUAGCUGAUGAUAUCUGGCAAUUAACACGCCAUUUAAAAUUAACCAAAUUCGCUAUUAUAGGAUUUUCAGUUGGUGGAACUAUCGGUGUUCACUUAGCACUAGCGCAUCCCAGUUCAGUUAUGGCUAUCAUGCUCCUCAACACUCCGUUAUCAGAAGAGCCAGCUAAGGGGAAACAGUUAUACGAUGAUUUAAUGACUAAUGUUCAAAAAAUGGGAAAGUUAUCGCACGAAACCAUUAACGGUAUCGUUGAGAAUUGCUUGAGUUUAAAGACAAAAGAAAAUCAUCCUCUCAUCCCUCAGCAAAUACGAAAACAUUUAGAAUCGAUACCAACAUCCAAUAUUAAAGGAAUUUUUACAAUAUGUCGCGCCGUUAUUGACCGUAAAUCCAUUCUGGAACGAAUCUACAAUAUGGAUAUUCCAAUACAAAUUUUGGUUGGUCAAGAAGAGAAUCCAUUAAUUUUGAAAGAGAUACAAAAAAUUCAACAUAAAUUUAAGAACGGUCACGUUGUUGUAAUCCCUGGUAGUGCUCAUCUGUCUAUGAUAGAACAACCCGAUAUUGUAUGUAAGGUGCUAAUGAAACAUCUUAAUAAAUAUCUAUUUGAGACUAUAUUCAGUGAUUCAGAUUAA